AUGUCGAGCCGCAACCAGGUACAUCUUUUGGGGGACCACGAAAACCUAAACCUAAUAAAUGUCUGCCGAGACUUAAAAAAAUCAGCGAAAGGACCUGCUAAAUUAAAAGGCAAACAUGUUGUUAAAUCGAAGAAAAAGAAAAUAUAUGUAGGUUCAGACGAUGACAGUACAAGUGCGUCGUCAAAUAUAUCAUUCCAAGAAAGUGACUGCAGUACUAACUGGUGCGAUUUAAAUGACGAAGAGGUACAGGGAGAAAAUGAGAAAGAAAAUAAUAGCAGCAUAGUGAACAGUUUGAAAGAAAAUCAGGAAGACAGUAACAAAUCAUUAAAUGUUGAGGAAGGGAGUAACGUUCUUGUUAAAUAUGAUGGAAACGUUUAUCCUGGAAAAAUAUUAAGAAAGUUACCUGAAUCGGCUCUUGUGUCUGCCAUGCAAAAAGCUGGGCAUAACAUAUGGAAAUGGCCCUCCAAGCCUGAUAUAAUUUGGUGCAACAACUCAGAGAUAAUACAGGCAAUAAACGAACCAGUCCUGAUAUCAAAAAGAGGUUUGUACAGAAUUACCGAAUUGGUAGAGUUAGAAUAG